GAAAGGAGGGGGUUGGUGCGGAGCUCCAGCGGUGGCGGCUGUAGCUGCGGGGGACAGAUUUCUGUACAGGUGUCCCUUUUUUUUAUUCAUUCUGACACAUCGGAGACAAGAUCUGACUUUAAGCAACCUAAACCUGCGAAGGAGGAAUCAAAGCUGAUAUAAAAAUAAUAAACGGUUCGCCUUGAUAUCCGACAAAAAAAAGCGCAGCAGUGGAGAAGAUGUAGCCGCCUGGAUGAGAGACCCCCGCUGGGUGAAGCGCGUCGGCGAUGACUGGAUGGAAACGGAGCGCAGCGCAUCAUCAAGCAAAUGAUCGCACCGCUGAUCAUCUCUGCGUUUUUAUGCAUCAGUAACAGAUUAGCGGCUGCUGAUAUCUUCCGUCCGCUGGAGGCUGGGACGGUGGCAUCUGCUGUCGCUGAAUCCCGUUUUUCAUUCAGCAGAUGUCGGCUGCAGGAAGGAGGAGGAGGAGAGGAGAGGAGGAAGGGGGCCUGUUUUCGUCUGGUGAAGCCUUCAGGGAUUAAACACCGAUCGCAAUGAGCGGAGAAUCACUGUGGGUUAUCUUCAGCUGCUCGUGGACGACACGCGUGGGCAGUUUUCACACCUUAUGGGGAUGUUGUCACUUUGGAUGAAAUGCGUUUAAAAGCAAUGUGAGAUUUGUGUUGAAACCACAGCUGUAGAUGAGGUGGAUUUAGGCUCUGAUAAGUAUGGGACUGACCUGACAUUGUGUCAUCACUACUGGGUGCCAUCUGGAAGAUGUCAAGCUCCCAGGCACCUGGUUUGGACUCCAAUUUCACUAAUGAUCCCCUGGAGUAUGGCAUCACCCACCCCGGUCAGGACCUGGUCUGGUCCUCCUUUGCUGACAGUGUGGUGAAGGUGGCGCUCAUAUCGUUGAUCGUAUGCCUCUCCUUGUUUGGGAAUGUAGUCGUUCUGCUGGUUUUCCAAAGGAAGCCUCAGCUCCUUCACGUUGCCAAUCGCUUUGUACUCAACCUCCUCUUGGCGGAUCUGCUGCAGACUGUUUUAGUGAUGCCCUUUGCCAUUGCGGCUGCCUUGCCAGGUGUGUGGCCCCUGGAUGCUCGGCUGUGCCAGGCUCUGGUGGUGCUUAUGCACCUUUUUGCAUUCACAGGGGUCAAUACCAUCAUAGUUGUCUCGGUGGAUCGCUAUCUGGCCAUUAUUCACCCUCUAUCUUAUCCGACCCGCAUGACCCCGCACUUAGGCACAAACCUGAUCAUUGCCACCUGGGUGCUGAGCUUUCUGCAGAGCACACCCCCUCUCUAUGGAUGGGGGACUAUAGACUUCGACCAACGUUAUAAGGUCUGCACGGUGUUGUGGGCCUCCAGUUUGUCCUACUCUGCUGUGGUAUCCAUCUUUUCCUUCUGGCUUCCAGUGCUCAUAAUGCUUGGAUGUUACUGGAUGGUGUUCAGAGCAGCCCGGAGACAGAAUGCAUUAGUGCAUCCCAUACAGACACAGUCCUACUCCCAGCCCUGCCAGCAGGAAUUCCAGAGCCCCAACAGUCCGCAGCGGCUGCCCAUACCCCAGCAGCCAAGUUUGCCCGAGGGCCCCUGCACAGCCCGAAGACACCCUGUUCGGGUUAAACACAGACGGUUCCACUACCACUGCAAGGCAGCUCGUGUUGUGUUUGUCAUCAUGGCUUCAUAUAUCUUCAGCAUGGGUCCCUACAGCAUCAUAAAUACAAUAUCGAUGAACAGCAGAAUCGAUGUGCCCCCAUGGAUGUCCUCCGUCGCCCUUGUGCUCUUCUUCUUACAGUGCUGCCUACAUCCGUACAUUUACGGCUACAUGCACCGCAGUGUGAGAAAGGAGUUCCUGGCUUUGCUUUAUGGAAUGCUCUGCAAGCAGGGUCGUCCACGCCAGAGCUCCACUGUGGAAAGUUGCUUUGGCACGGCAGAUGGACGCACCGGUGCUCACUCUCACCUUCCCAGUCUGGCUGCUAGAGUCUUUCCUCUACAGACCUGGGAAGAAUGCACAACCUCUUACUCUCCCACUUGUGAGAGGAAGUCCAGGGACAGUCGUAGAGAGACCACCUCUACCAGUUUUAGCUCAGAGAGAGAGCUCCCUGUUCACGAUAAGCAAACCUCAUGAUUUACGCCUAUGUGAAAAGUUUCUCUUCUGUGAUUAUAAAUUUGGGCCCAACCUGAUUAAAUUGAAAGCUAUAGUACUUAAUAUUGUAUCAAUCAUUUAAAUACAUGCUUGGUUUGUAUACCAAAGGAUAAUGGAGGAUAUUUGAAGCAAUUUCACUAAUUGAGAGCAGGUAUCUUAAUUGAAGUAGACAGCUUUCAAUGCAUCUGUUCAUUUUAGUUGAUUCAGUAAUCAAAUGGGGGUGAGGUUUGACUCAUAUUGGAUUUAAAUGGUUUAAAAAAUGAUGUGAACACCUCUUUAUGAAGUUUUUAGCUGUUUUCACAGAAGGUGGCAUCCAUGAUCUGUUCAGUGUGUCAGUAGUUCAUCUGGAAAAUAGGUCACAUCCAAGUGCUUUUCUUUCUGCAAUUUGGAAAAAAAAGACACAUUUGGAAUUACUGCUA